AACUACGGCCCAGUGGUGUAACUCCGUUGUUCUGAAUUAUUGCGAUAUUUUUUUAACUGCUAAAAAUUCGUUUGGAAGAAAAUUCUAGUUUGUAUGAAAAUGAGCGUUUCAAUUUAUAAAUUUAAAAACAUAAAAAAAAUUGAAUUUUAUGAUGAAAAGUAUUCUUUCGGUCUUAAAAUCAGUAUGAUUUAAAGCGCGGAAAGAAAACGAUACUUCUUAAAUUUUUGCCUAAAAUAAAAUCAAUAUGUGAUAUUUUAUAUCAUAAUGAAUUAUGAUUGAAUUCACGACAUUCAGAUAUUUGAAAGUGCAAUUUUUGAUGAAAACAAGCGCCUCUUUUCAAAGCACCUACUGUUGUCAGUUUGGAAUACGGCCCUGCUGCAGCCACUUACGCGGCGGUAAUAACUCUACGUUGUCGCGCCGAACUUAGUUACUCGACGAGUGUCGGCAGAAGUGAGUGUUUCACGCGUUCCAAAUAGCUAUACGCGCUUUUUCAUUUUCUCACCAAAGAUUUUGAGUUUGUCAAAAAAACAAGGAAUACAUAUUUUUCAUGUAGUUUUACACGCGUAGAAAUAUUAUCCGUACAUUUGCGGAUUAUAUAUAUAUAUUUUUUUUACUUUUGAUUUUUUCUUUAUAUAUAUUUUCCCUACAAACCAGAAAAAACAUUGUAUCAGGUGAUAACAUCAUACUUUGAAAAGACAUUUAAAGAGUCGCGCGCGCCCUACCAAUGUGUAUUUCGUUUACUUUGGUUGGUAGGACUGUUCGGAAAAUUCGGAAAGUGAACAGGUGUUUUUUGAAUGGAUUAGCAAGAGAGAGAGUGGGCAAAAAGGAUGCGUAAGGAUUCGGUGAAUGGUGAAUGAUCGGUGAAUUAAAGGAAAUUUACAAAUGAUCAAGACCUUGAAAAAUGCCCAUGAAUAUGGAUUUAGAUUCGGGUUACUGAUCAAAAUGAGGUGAGUCCUAGGAACGUAACCUCAGUCGUAUAUGAGCGGUGUGUACCUGUAACCUCGCAAAGCGAAAAGGAGUAAUUUACAAAUAUCGCUAAUUAAAAUAUAUUUAAUGGAUAUAAAUAUGAAAUAUAAUAGCACAAGUAUGAUGACCAGAAAGACAUUAAUUCAUAAAAGAAAAAUGAGCUCAGCUCGGUUCCCAUGGCAUGUAUAAGAUCUUGGAAGAAUAAAAUAUGCAAAGGAAAUAAGGAUAUAAUUAGCCACAACGGCAAAAUAUUGCAUAAUCUUGAAGGUAGAAUUAAAAUUUAAAUAUGCCACACCAAUUUGGAUUGCCCACAAUGGCUCAUGGCAUGCAGUCUCCUCCAUCACCGACUUCAGUCAUGUCGGUAUAUCCUCGCUAUGGCUCAGGCAUGUAUAGAUCUGAUCAUCAAGACCAGAGACUUACUCGUGAAGCAAUGGAACGUUACCUACGUGAUCGAAGUGACAUGGUGAUUGUAAUUCUGCAUGCUAAGGUAGCACAAAAAUCAUAUGGUAAUGAAAAGCGAUUUUUCUGUCCUCCACCGUGCAUUUAUUUAUUUGGUGAUGGUUGGAGAAUGCGACAAGAACAGAUGCUUCGUGAAGGUGAAAGUGAACAAUCAGCUCAACUUUGUGCUUUCAUUGGAAUUGGCAAUUCUGAUCAAGAUAUGCAACAACUUGAUCUCAAUAAUGGAAAACAAUAUUGUGCAGCAAAAACAUUAUAUAUUUCAGAUUCUGACAAAAGAAAACAUUUUAUGCUCUCUGUAAAAAUGUUUUAUGGAAGUGGACAUGAUAUUGGUGUAUUUCACAGUAAAAGAAUAAAAGUAAUUUCCAAACCUUCCAAGAAAAAACAAUCUUUAAAAAACGCAGAUUUAUGUAUUGCAAGUGGUACAAGAGUAGCACUUUUUAAUCGCUUAAGAUCACAGACUGUAAGCACACGUUAUCUCCAUGUAGAAAAUGGUAACUUUCAUGCAAGUUCCACACAGUGGGGUGCAUUUACCAUUCACUUAUUAGAUGAUAAUGAAAGUGAGUCUGAAGAAUUUCAAGUGCGCGACGGAUAUGUUCAUUAUGGUAGUACAGUGAAGUUAGUAUGUUCAGUCACGGGAAUGGCAUUACCACGGUUAGUAAUCCGCAAGGUUGAUAAGCAAAUGGCCAGUCUUGAAGCAGAUGAUCCGGUAUCACAGCUUCAUAAAUGCGCCUUCUAUAUGAAAGAUACGGAUCACAUGUAUCUUUGUCUUUCUCAAGAACGUAUUAUACAAUUCCAAGCAACGCCAUGUCCUAAAGAAGCAAAUAAAGAAAUGAUAAAUGAUGGUGCUUGCUGGACGAUAAUUAGUACAGAUAAAGCAGAAUAUCAGUUUUUCGAAGGCAUGGGACCAGUAAGAUCGCCUGUAACACCUGUACCACUUGUCCAUAGUCUUCACUUAAAUGGUGGUGGAGAUGUUGCCAUGCUCGAAUUAACUGGUGACAAUUUUACUCCUAAUCUUCAAGUAUGGUUUGGAGAUGUUGAGGCAGAGACAAUGUAUAGAUGUCAAGAAAGUAUGUUAUGUGUUGUACCUGAUAUAUCACUCUUUAGAGGAGAAUGGUUGUGGGUACGGCAGCCAACACAAGUUCCAGUUUCUUUAGUGCGAAAUGAUGGAAUUAUUUAUGCAACUGGUUUAACAUUUACUUAUACUCCUGAACCUGGUCCACGCCCACAUUGUCCACCUGCAGAUGAAAUAAUGAGAGCUCCACGUGCCAUGCACAAUCAAGCUAGUAUGUCGUCAGCAAUAGCUGAUGUACCAUGGAAUACACAUCAACCCCCGCAAUCAGGCCUCUGAUGUUCUCUAGAUAAUUAUAAUAUGAACCAAAGUCUAAAACAUAGUGAUACAAAUGAUGUUCCAUUUGCAUCUGUUGACAAUAUUGAGGGUACUAGUGGUAGUAUCUACAUCAUGAAGAUGUUAUCGGUGGAAGUCAAUAGCGCUGCACGAAAUUUAGACAGUAUAAAAACGUAACAUUUAGCUCAUCUUGUAAAAGGUGCGCAAAAUAUGUACAAUACCGUGCAUUAUUUACAUAUUAAUAUAUGGACUAUAAGUUGUUGAUAAAAAUUUACAGAGAUAAUAAUUUAUAGCAAUCUUAGAUAUAAGAAUUUACAUGAUAAAGAUGUGAAUAUUUAGUGAAUUAUACAAUAAAAAGACAGGUUAACGGGUUUUAAGUGAAUGAUGCUCAUAGAUAUAUUACUCAAAUAUAACAACAUAAUUGUAUAACAUAUAUGAGAACAACAAUUUUAAAAUGCAUAUUUAUAAAGGUAUGCAAUGUAACUUCUAUAAUUGCAUAUCAAUAGGGAAGGAAUGGUUGUGCAUUUAACAGUGAUACAGUCACUUUUAAAAAAUCUUUAUAACUACUGUUAUUGAAAGAAUAUAGUUACACAUAAAUAUUUUACCUGCAGGAUAAGAUAUAAUGCAAUGUGCAAUGUGUCUAGAAAUGAGCAUAAAUAAAUAUUUUGCACAUUUAUAGAUUCAUACAAGAACGAAAUCACAAAGAAAUCUUAUUAUUUAUUAAAACGUCCAUUAAUUAUUGAAGCUUGAACGAAUGUACAUGGGUUUGUGUGUAAAUCGAUAUUAAUUCAAGAUUAGAUAUUAUCUUGUCAAUAGAAAUUAUAUAUUCUUUUUCUGUAUUAAAAUGACACCUAAACAAUUUUGUUAUUUGACAUAUUGAUUUAUUUUAAUGAUUAUACGCUUUUAAUUAGUAUAUAUAUUGUAAAAAUUUAUAUUGCUUGAAUCUAAAUGUUUGUAUGAAUUGAACGUGACUCCAAAUUUAUGUUGAACAUACAUGUAAAUAUAUAUAUACGUACAUACAUAUAUACAUACAUACAUACAACAUACACACACACACACACACAAAUCGAUUUUGUUUCAAUUUUGGUAACAUAUUUCUUGCACUUACUAAUUUUACUGAUUUUCUGCAAUAUAUACAGUAUUUUCAUAUGUUCUUUAUUAUAUACUGCAGGCAAAAAAAUAACUUUUUACAGGAACAUGGCUUGUAUAAUCAACAAAAAACAUAAUCACCACUACCAUUGAUUAUAAUUAGGAAUUUCUCAAAUAUAUAUUUAACUUCAAUAAUAUUUUUUCUAAAAAAGAGCAAGCAUGAGAUUUAAAAGCUUGAUUACUUAUAAAGAUCUAUACGUAUGAGUUUUUAUGUCACUAUGUGUUUUAGAAUAAAUUGACAUAAUUUACAUUAUAUAAUUUUUACUUUAUGCUCCAAAUGUUUCCUAAUCCUAAAUACUAUGACGAAAAUAAAUGCAAUGUUUUUCUACUAUUCUUUAGAUCAUACAAGUAAUUUUAAAAUAAGAAUAAAUUUGUAAAUAAAAACAAUAGUCAAAUAAAUAAUAUAUGCAUAAAACAAAAUUUGAUUAAUCUCAAAAUAGAAUUAUCUGUACAUAAUCGGAAUUUGUAUGAUUGCAAUGAUUACAAAAAUGUUUAGUGCAUUUUAAUAAAUAAGUCAUAUAAAAUGUAAUUUGGUGUAAAAUUAGGUAUUUAUAAUAUCUGUAAUUACUAACAAUUAUUGGGAUUAUUGAUGAAAGCACUAAUUUAUCUUCAUAUUUGUAAAUGUAUUAUAGCGUUUUAUCUUUCAUACAUGAACUAUCUACAAAACGAAAACUUAUGUAUGAUCUUAGAAAAUCUUUUCAAAUUUAAUCGAAUUCAUAAGAUUGUUUAAUUGCUACAUACAAAUGAAAAUUCAAAACCUUGUACUUAAGAAAAUUACAUAAACCUGAUAAAGUUAACAUUUUAAUUUAAGAUCUAGUUUAAAUAAAUCUGGUUCAUUAGGUUUGCAGAGUUGUCUUUAUUUCUUUUUUUUAAAGUAUAUUUGAACGUAGUCGUCUCAAGGAGGAAAUGAGAUAACAUCAUCUUAAGAAUGUCUUCCUGAAAAGAUCUAUUGUGAAGGGGAAACAUGUAUGUGUUCCAUGGGAACUUACUCACGAUUAACACUUGUAUCGCAUAAUUGAAGAAUACGAUUGUCUUUAUUAUUCACAAUAUAUAAAUGUGGAUUAAUAGUAAUUAUAUUCUUGAAUAUCAUCGGACGGAUA